AGUGGGAGGGAGGGAGGGCGGCAGGCAGAAGCAAGCAAACUAAUUCUCACCCAAGAACAGACAGUCGUGCCAGAGCAGGAGCUGCUGUUAGUUCACCUCUCUGGCGCUCUUUGCACAUCAACAAACACACGUUAUUUGUGUUUGUUCUUCUUCUUCCUCGAGUCUACCAAGUAGGAUCAGAGUUUCCAUUUUGGAUAGGGGGCUGCAAACACUCGCACCCACACUUUCUUCAAGCCUCGAGAACUUAAGCUGAAUGCCGUCAUGCCAUUUGGGUGCCUUGCCCUGCGAGAUGGGCGGAGUUACGAUAGCAUGUCUGAUGUCAACGACAAAUACGAGAUUGGACAGGUCCUCCGAGCGAAGGAGUUCUGUGAGCUGUGCUUGGCUAAGGACAGACAAACAGAUAAGGUGUUUGUCUGCAAGAAAUUCCUCAAGAAAGACGGCAGGAAAGUCCGCAAGGCUGCCAAGAACGAAAUCAUGAUCCUGAAAUUGAUCAACCAUCCAAACAUCCUUCAGCUGAUAGACACCUUCGAGACCCGGAAAGAAUACCUCAUCAUCCAGGAACUUGCCACAGGAGGAGAUGUAUUUGACUGGAUUCUGGACCAAGGGAAUUACACAGAGAGAGACGCAUCCAAUGUCAUCAGACAGGUCCUUGAGGCAGUGGCGUACUUACACUCCCUCAACAUAGUUCACAGGAACCUAAAGCUGGAAAAUUUGAUGUACUACAAUGAAAACAACCACAACAAAGUAGUUCUGCGAGACUUCUACUUGUCCCGGUUUGAAAACGGACCCAUCACAGAGCCUUGUGGAACCCCAGAAUACCUAGCUCCUGAAGUGGUGGCUCGUCACCGAUAUGGUCGUCCUGUAGACUGCUGGGCUGUGGGUGUCAUUAUGUUCAUACUCUUAUCAGGUAACCCUCCUUUUUAUGAUGAGACAGAGGAGGAGAACACAGAUCUACAUAAUCGCAUCAUCUUCUGUCGCAUUGUUGCUGGUGACUUUGAGUUCGAUUCUCCAUACUGGGAUGACAUUUCACCUGCAGCUAAGGAGCUUGUCUGUCGACUCAUGGAAGUGGACCAGAUGCUGAGAAUCACAGCACAGGAUGCACUUUGGCAUGAAUGGAUUGCAGGGAAUGGUGCAUCAGAGAAGAACCUCAAGGAUGGUGUGUGUGCCCAGUUUGAGAAGAACUUUGCAAAGGCCAAAUGGCGGGAGUUGAAGAAAGCAAUCCGUGUCACCACCUUCAUGCAACGUUUGAAGAAUUCAGAGACACUGACUGAAAGUUCAGCCGAGGCUCAGGGCAGUGAGGAGGCAGGAGACGGUAAAGGGGGUGUGUCACAAGGAACAAGUGAUGAGGGAGACAAAGGGACGAGUGAUGGAGGGUUGACGUCAAGUAGUGUGUCUUUAGAAGUUACUGUUGAAAACACACCGGUAGGUAUGGACCAGGAUGAGGGGAGGAGUAAGGUCGGAGUAAAACAGGAUGAGGUAAAGAUGAGCAUGGGCCCAUCAGUAGGCACGUCCCCAUCAGAUAUUCAGGAGCUUCUCUGUCAGAAAAGCCAAUCAGAUGAAGCCCCGAUACUCAAACAUGAGGAGCUUGAUAAGAUUGGUGCGAAGAAAGCAGCAGGUGAUGGAACCAGGAAAAUAGCUGCCAAUUUGGGUCAAAAUAAAGUUGUUCCAAAAUCCAAACCGACUCCCGUGAUGACGCCUGACCCCUCCAACCUGUCAGACGGUUCUUUAGGCACUAACCUUGACAAAAAACACACAUCCACCUCCCCUGAUCCCAGCAACAAACGUAAAAUUGCUGCAACGCUCCACGGCCCUCUACACACAGCCUCUGUUGCCGGAACAGCCUCACCAGAGAAGAGGUCAGCCACGCAGAGGGAGCAAAAGGAUGAGACUGACGGAAGCUGGUGUCAGACACAAGUACCUGAUGCAGUAGCAGAGAGGUCGGUUGCAGUCACUCCAGCAAUGGUGCCUGGAGCUGGGGCAGAUGUAGGACUAGGAGUUAGAUUAAGGGGUGAUGCUAGCCCUGUGGGUAGAAGGGAAGGGGAUGCCAAGAUAACAGACAGAUACAGUGCUGAGUUUAGCAUAGCGAGGCCGGGUCCUGUGACAGGACAGGGUUGUUAUGCAGUAGGCAGUUCUGCUAGUUUAGGCCGUCACGCCACACCAUACAGCGCAGAAGUUGGGACUGUAGGUAUGGGGAUGGCAGGAAGCUAUGGAAGUCCAUACAGUUCCCUGUAUACGAGUGGCGCAGGGUUAGGGAUGUACGGAACCGGGCUACCACAUGGAGGAGGUGGGAGCAGCACCACAAGCGACUGGCAAAUGGACAGUGUGAUCGAGCAGAUAGAAAAGCAAAUGGCUGCCGUGCUGGAGAAGAUUGAGGGAGACAUGCCCUCGCUGUUAGAGCAAAUCAGUGACUGCCCCGCUGAUCCACCACGUGCCAGGAGCACACACGCCUCGCCAGCCACCUCCCGUGCACGCUCCUCACAACACUCCACAACUGCAACCUCGGCCACUCCUCCACCUCUUCCAACUUCUCCCAGGCCUGUGCUGCCAUCUCUCCCUCACCUUACUAUCCCUCCCCCCUCCUAUCCCCCACCAUCCCCACCUACACAAUCCUCACCCCAGGCUGCAGGAGAGCAAGUAGACAUGGAUGGACAGAGGGAUGCUGCUCGUACCAGCCAGUCCCCCAGAGCUGGGAUGGGCAGGGGACUAUAAAGUAGGUGUCCAUGAUGCAACAACAAGUGUAACAUGGAAUUCAUAGUAUAAAUUUGAAGGUUUAAAGACCUAGAUGUAUCAUCCAUUUACUUGCUAGAAGAAAAUGAAUCAUGUAAUGUUGUUUGGUUGGGCUCUGUGCUCAUACUGGUUUGAGAGAAAACUCCUUAUGGCAAUACUCUAAUGACUACAGCGUGUAGGGGGAGUAGUGUACUGGAUCUCUCUGUAUACUACAAAGAGAAAGAUCUCAAAGGUUUUUUUGCAUCUCAAAUCCAGAUUAUUCGCAUGACUGCUCAC